AUGACGUCGUCACAGGCGUCUGGAGACAGCAAUAUUCCAGCCAAUACGGGCGAAGGCGUCAUUCCGUCGUCCUUCUUCGAUAUGCCCAUCGACUUUGGCGCUGGCAACGACAACAACAUGAACUUUGACGCGAUGACCAACUUCUCGAUGGGAGACGUUCUCAUGUCGAACGCGACCGACUUUGAUGCAUUGACAGCUCAGAUCGCUGCCAAUAUGCCUCUGAUACCAGCGACCGCACUUUCUGCCGCAGGACCUUCGAAUAUCACAGGGACGCCGCAAGCAUAUCCACCACCUCCACCAUCACCAGCGACGGUGUGGAAUGCUGUUAAGAUCGAAAUGGACGACUCGAAUUCAGCCGCAGCUUCCUCUCCCAUGCCUGCUGAGGGCUCGACACCAAAAGCAAUCACUGCAAAAACAAAGAAGCCGACAAAGCCCAAAACAGAAGGUGGCGCAGAGACAAAGCCGAAGAAGCCAAAGAAGAAGCCAGCAGCAGCGGCUUCCACUGACUUGAGCGCUGCAGCAGAGUCGUCUAAAGACGGCGCAGUCGCCACACCACCGAAGCCGAAGAAGCCUGCGAAGAAGAAAGCAGCGGACAAGGACAACGCGAAAAUUGCAAGCAAGGGCCCGACACCUUCCGCGACCGCAUCACCGGCGCCUUUCGCUACACCAGCCUCUCCGAGCAAAGAGACAAAGUCCAAAUCAAAGAAAGCUGGGGGCCCCAAAGCUGGAGGAAAGGCAGCCAGCAAAGCAAGAUCAUCCACGGCCAGAUCUGUAUCGCGCAUGUCAUCAGUGGGCAGAGAUGCAGGGACACCAGCAAUGUCGCGAAUCGGCAGUCAAAGGCCACAAGAUGAAGCCAAUGACGAAGAGGAACAGGCACCCGCUCGCCAAGCACCACCGGAAGAGGAAGAGGCCGAAGAUGAAGAAGGUGAAGCAGACGAUGGUGUAGAAGAGCUUGGAAAAGAUCACUUUUCGACACAGGAAGCCAUCUAUGCCGCGCAACAACGCAACAUGGGUCUAUUGUCGAUGGUCAUGGAUGAGGACCAGCUAGAUCGACACAUGGCCUCUCGUCGAGGCGCUUUGAACAAGGCGAGCGUGCGAAAGCUCGUCAAUCACGUUCUUUCGCAAUCAGUCUCCCAGCACGUUGCGAUGGUCGUAUCAGGUGUAGCCAAGAUCUUUGUCGGUGAGAUCAUUGAGCAAGCUCGCGAAAUCCAAUCGUCACACGCCGAACAAGGUCCGCUCCGACCGAAUCAUCUUCGCGAAGCACAUCGACAAUACUAUCUCAAACGCGAGCGUCCAGGCUACUACCCUCCAGGAACCAAUACCGGUUUCCCUGGUCUGGGCAAACGAAGGCGCAUGUUCUAG